AUGGACUGAGCUGCCAUGGUGGAGCAAGAGGCGGGCACUGCAAGCAAAAUGGCGGCGGCCGCAGCAGGGAACGCGGUGGACGUUCAGGCGCGGUUUGGCCACUCAGUGAAAGGCCUACUGACCGAGAAGGUGACCAGCUGCGGCACAGACGUCAUCGCCCUCACCAAACAGGUGCUGAAGGGCUCCCGCAGCGCCGAGUUCUUAGGACAGGCUGCCAGGAACAUGGUGAUGCAAGAGGAUGCCAUCCUGCACUCGGAAGAUAGUUUAAGGAAAAUGGCCAUUAUAACUACUCAUCUACAGUAUCAGCAAGAAGCUAUUCAAAAAAAUGUUGAACAUUCUUCAAAUCUGCGUGAUCAACUGAGUCACCUUCUGAAGUGAAAGCAAUGUUGUAUGGUAUUAAAGAUCAGCUAGAAACUAUUGAAACAAAGCACGUCUUGCAGAGCCCUUUCCCCUUCCAU